GGGGUUCACGGUGGAGAGCCUGAGGGAGGCCAUGAAGUACAUGGUGGAGUCGCAGGGCUUCGACCGGGUGCUCCGCAAGGCUGAGGUGCGUGUCCUCAGGCGCGGUCUCCUGCGCCUCAGUGCUCCGUGGGUUUCCACACGAGGGCUGGUAUAAAGAGCUGCGUUUGGCUGGUACGGCUCUGAGAUGAAACUUCUGUCUGCAACUCCUGGAAAAGUUGUUUGUGAAAUGAAAGUAGAGGAGGAGCAUACAAACAGAGGUGGCACCUUACAUGGAGGCUUGACAGCCACACUUGUGGAUGUGGUGUCAACAACAGCGUUGCUGAACACAGAAAGAGCAGUGCCUGGGGUCAGUGUGGACAUGAACAUCACAUACACUUCUGCUGCAAAGAUUGGAGAAGAGAUACUGAUUACAGCUCAGAUUUUGAAGCAAGGAAGAAAUAUUGCAUUUGCCAGUGUGGAUUUAACAAAUAAGGCAACAGGAAAGUUAAUUGCACAAGGUAGACAUACAAAGUAUCUAGGAAAUUAAUAUAAGAAAGUAAUUUUAAAAAUAAUAAUGUUGGGCUUAAGAAUCCUAUACAGAAUGAUUUUCUCAUUUAUGCAAUAAGACAUCAUCUGCACAAAGUUGUGAUAGUCUAUAUAAAAUGAAUUUAUCUCACUCCCAUAACGAACGAAUUUCUUAAUUACCACCAAAAUUGCUACAAGCCUAAAAUUAGUGCCUAUUUUGGGACGAACAACAUGAUAGCAUGGGGAUGCAUCUGGCUUUUUUUGGUCAAGAUAGCAGAAGGGAAGAGCCUUUGUACAAGCCAUAUGGUUUACCAGCAUGACAGUGUUCUAAGAGAUCUCUGUUUUCUUUGCCUGUGGUGUCAUCAUGUGACAAAGCAACCCUGUCUUCAGGCCUGUCACAGUCACGUUCAAACAACACUAUACACGCUCACAAACUAAACUGCUUGUUCUGUAAGAUGGUCAUACAGACUUCCUAUAACAUAGUGUGAAACUGGUUUGAAAGCGUAAAGCAGGCUAAUACAAAAUGUGAUUUACUGUAACAUUCAAAAGUAUUCAAUAAAGUUUUCUGAAACUAUCUUUUUAAAGAUUAUUUAAUAGUUUUGUAAUCUCUUUGCACUGAGUAAAAGCUUGCCAGCAUGGAGUGGCUGAGAGAGGGUGCAGUGGAACCCUUGUACGCAAGUUCACCUGAGUUUUCAUUAUCUCCCUGCGAUUCCUGAAUGUGACAAUGCACUUACUUACAUCAUCAGGGCUUUUCACCUCUACCUACCUGAAGUUCUGGCUAUAUUUGUUUAAAAAUCAUCAGCUGAGAGUUAAAGAUGUAUCAGAAUAAAUUUGGUGAGCCUUUCGUCAGGCUAAGGCUGUAGAUUGUCUGACUUGGGUUGAAUGUGGUAGAGUUAAGCUGCUUUUCAUCAGCUGAAGACUUGUCUCCUCAUGCACUGUUGGGGACAGGUUUAACUGCUUUCUCCAAACUGAUGACACAUGAUGCUUGGCAAGGCUAUCACACUGUAAAAAAAAAAAAACUG